UCUCUCAGCUCCGUCUCCUCCAUCAUAUAUAUUACAUAUUUCUUCGAUCGGUAGAACAUCGAAGAAAAAAAUUUAAAAAAGAAAAGAAAAAAAGAAGAAGAAUAGAAAGCUCUGUGUUCAUUGCUGUUCUCGUCUUGAAAUUCUACGAUUUCAAAGAUGGAAACUCAGCAACAUGAUGAUGUUUCAAAAGUUAAUGAACCCACCACAACUGGGCAUGAUAAUUCUACUUUGAAUCAUUCUGAUACAAAUGUAAAUUCUGAAAGGAGACCAGAUGAGGUUGUCAGGAAUCUGCAGAAUGUCACCUAUAUUUAUCGACAAGAUGUUGUAAGGAGCAACUGUAGUGGUAGGAUUGGGAUUGUGACUGAAGUUGCAGGUGAUUCGGACUCAGAUAGUAGCAUAACCGAUGAUGAAGAUGAGGAUGACGAAGAAGAUGAUGAUGAGGCUGGUGGAAAUGAGGAAGGUGGCAAUGAUGACAAUGCUAAUGGGAGUGAUAGGAACAGAACUGCUGACAGUUACAAGAGCGGUCCUCUUCCCCCUGAUCAGGUUCGAGUGAUUUGGAUGGAUGAGUCCGAGACAACAAUAAAUCUUAGUGAUGCAACAGUUAUUGAUAGGGGAUUCUUACAUGGGGAUUUUGUUGCUGCUGCUUCAGACGCCACCGGUCAAGUGGGUGUUGUUGUUGAUGCUAAUAUUUCGGUUGAUCUAUUAACUACUGAUGGGUCUAUUAUAAAAGAUGUUUCAUCCAAAGACUUGAAACGAGUGAGGGAUUUUACUGUGGGUGAUUAUGUAAUACUUGGUCCCUGGCUAGGCAGAAUUGAUGAUGUUCUAGAUAAUGUGACUGUGUUAUUUGAUGAUGGCUCUGUGUGCAAGGUUAUGAAAGUUGACCCACUGCGUCUUAAACCAGUUGGCAAGAAUCUCCUGGAAGAUGGCCAUUUCCCUUACUAUCCUGGGCAGCGUGUGAAGGCGAGCUCCUCAUCAGUUUACAAAAAUUCUAGGUGGCUAUCUGGUUUGUGGAAACCUAACCGGUUGGAAGGCACAGUAAGCAAGGUAACAGUUGGGUCAGUUUUUAUAUAUUGGAUAGCAUCUGCAGGGUAUGGGCCUGAUUCUUCUACUGCCCCUGCUGAAGAGCAGAGUCCCAAGGGCUUAAAGUUAUUAUCUUGCUUUGCACAUGCAAAUUGGCAAUUAGGUGACUGGUGCCUUCUGCCAUCUUUUGCACCAUCUUCUUCCAUUCUCCUGGACAAGGGUUUAUCAAAUCCAGAACUUUACGAUUCCACAAAAGGGGUAUUAGAUUCUGCUCAAAUGGUACCUGAAUGUGAUUCAGAAGUGGUUGAUGUGGACAAUGAUGUGGAAAAUGCAUUGGAAGGAACCACUGAAAAUGUAGAUGGUAAUGCAUCGCGAGAAUCCAGUUCGUGCAGUAGUUCAUUGUCAGUUUCAAAGGAGCCUGUCCAUGAAACUUGGCCUCAUCAUCGCAAAAAGAUUAGAAAAGUUGUGGUUAGGAGAGACAAGAAGGCUCGGAAGAAAGAGGAAAAUUUUGAAAGAGCUCUUAUGAUUGUCAAUAUGAAGACAAGGGUUGAUGUAGCAUGGCAGGAUGGAACAACAGGAUAUAAUUUGGAUUCAACAACUUUGAUUCCUAUUGAUAGUCCUGGCGAUCAUGAAUUUGUAGCAGAACAGUAUGUAGUUGAGAAAGCCACGGAUGACAGCAAUAAUGGUUGUGAAGUUAGACGUGUGGGGGUUGUAACAAGUGUUAAUGCAAAAGAGCGGACAGCUUGUGUGAGGUGGUUAAAGCCAGUUUCUAGGCCAGAAGAAUCUAGAGAGUUCGAUAAGGAGGAAGUGGUGAGUGUUUAUGAGCUUGAGGGUCACCCUGACUAUGACUACUGUUAUGGGGAUGUAGUUGUUCGGUUAUCACCUGUUUCUCCUGCUUUUGGAGACUCUGUUGAGGAAGCAAAGAAGCUGAUUAGUCCAAAUGAGGUUAAAGAAGAUCCAAAAAAGAGCUUGGGAUGUAAGAAAGAUGAGGGUGCAUCCGCCAAUGAAGCUUGCAUGGACUUCUCAGAUCUUUCUUGGGUUGGGAACAUUACUGGUCUAAAAAAUGGUGAUAUUGAAGUUACAUGGGCUGAUGGGGUGGUUUCAACGGUUGGCCCUCAAGCGAUUUAUGUUGUUGGUCGUGAUGAUGAUGAGUCAAUUGCUGCUGGAAGUGAUGUUAGUGAUGAUGCUGCUAGCUGGGAAACUGUUGAUGAUGAUGAGAUGGAUGCCCUUGAGAAUGAAAACAAGGACAACCAAGUUAUUGACUGGCUAUUCUGUUGGUGGACCAUGCUCAUAAUUCUGUUGGCGGACCAUGCUCAUAAUUUGUUAAUCUGGUCAAGUGAAUCAUUGAUGUUCUUUAAUCAGGAAAUUCGGCUGCAAAAUGCUACUGACAUCAGCCCCAAGUCAGAGGAUAGCACAAUGAUUGGAGAAAAUUCUGGAAGAAACGGACCGCUUUCUAUUCCCCUUGCUGCACUUGGCUUUGUUACCCGACUGGCCAGUGGAAUAUUUUCACGGGGAACAAAACACUCGGAUCCAUUUGGUUUGGACUCCACAGGAGAAAAUGAACCUCAAUCUCAGGGAAUGGAAAACAUUUCCAUCAGAGGUGAUUCUGGUGAUGAAUCUAGCUCUCGGAAAUCUAAUUGCACUGAUAAUUGUGGUGUGGGAACUACUCAUGGAAAAGGAGAUGAGCAUGUUGUUGAAGACAACAUAGAUUUAUUAGACAUAGCAGAAGCUCUUUGCAGCUUGAAGCCUGAGGCACAGUAUCUUUCUUCAUGCCAUGGGGAUAAUGUUUCCAGUUUCAAAGGCUUUGAUAUUGCAAAAGAGCCUGGGGACCAUUAUUUUCUUGGUGCAAAUGGACAGAAUAAUGCUGGAAGGAAAUGGCUGAAGAAGGUUCAACAAGACUGGAGUAUCCUUCAGAAUAACCUACCCGAUGGGAUUUAUGUACGAGUUUAUGAAGAUCGAAUGGAUCUCUUGAGGGCGGUGAUAGUUGGAGCAUAUGGGACACCUUACCAGGAUGGCCUUUUUUUCUUUGAUUUUCAUCUUCCGCCAGAGUACCCUGAUGUUCCACCGUCAGCAUACUAUCAUUCUGGAGGGUGGCGAAUUAACCCAAAUUUGUACGAGGAAGGCAAGGUUUGCCUUAGUCUUUUAAAUACCUGGACUGGCAGAGGAAAUGAAGUCUGGGAUCCUUUGUCCUCAAGCAUCCUUCAAGUCCUGGUUUCACUGCAGGGGCUAGUACUAAACUCUAAGCCAUAUUUUAAUGAAGCUGGAUAUGAUAAGCAAAUCGGGACAGCUGAAGGAGAGAAAAAUUCGUUGUCCUACAAUGAGAAUACAUUCUUGCUGAACUGCAAGACAAUGAUGUAUCUUAUGCGAAAGCCCCCAAAGGACUUUGAAGAGCUUGUCAGAGACCAUUUCAGGAGGCGAGGUUAUUACAUCCUCAAGGCCUGUGAUGCUUACAUGAAAGGCUACUUAAUUGGUUCUCUGACAAAGGAUGCCUCUAUAAGCGACAAAAGCAAUGCAAAUGCAAAUUCAGUAGGUUUCAAGCUAAUGUUGGCUAAGAUCAUGCCGAAACUUUUCUUGGCGCUUAAUGAAGUUGGAGCCGAUUGUCACCCAUUUAAGCAUCUACAACAGUAGUCAUAGCACCAGUCCUCAAAAGGCCAAUCUCGCAGUAUCUUCAUCGUGCAAAAGAGGUCUGCCUUCAUGAUUUUAUGCUCUUUUUAAAAAAAAAAAUCAUUUCUAAUACUCCAAUGUAAAAAACUUUAGAUGCUUUAGGAUUGUUUCAAAACAUUCUUUUGUCAUGUUUGAAAGCUUGGCAGCCCGAACUUUUUGGAGCAAAGUUGAAGGGUCUACUGACUGGCUGUGUGUCAGCCAAUGUGAAAAAUUUCAUCAGUCAAGACAACAAAUUGGGGAAUGAUUAAAAGGCUCCUGAAUUUGCCUUCGCUUGUUGUGUUUACACAUUUUUUUAUUUUUUUACUUUUAUUUUUAUAAAUAUUUUCCUCUCCCUCUACGGGUUGAGGAGGCAGAAGGGGUUUUGCAUUGACUGUCCAAUUUAUUCAGCAAUGAAGAAUAAAAUUUGUUGUCGGACGUUCUAGUUUCUCUA